AUGGGUAGCUUACGUGGCGCAUCUCCGGCCGUUCUUGAAGGUAGCUUAAAGAUCAACGGCUCGAACCGUCUGAACAUCUCCGGCAGAGUAGCCGUGGCUCAAAGGUCUGGACUUGUCGUCAGAGCUCAGCAGAGUGAGGCGACGCCGGAGACUACUCGCCGGUCAGUGAUUGGUCUAGUGGCUGCUGGUGUAGCCAGUGGUUCGUUUGUUCAAGCUGUUCUUGCUGAUGCUGUUCCGAUCAAAAUUGGUCCUCCUCCACCUCCUUCCGGUGGCCUUCCUGGGACAGAGAACUCGGACCAAGCAAGAGAUUUUUCAUUGGCUUUAAAAGACAGGUUUUACUUACAGCCAUUGCCACCAACUGAAGCUGCAGCUAGAGCCAAAGAAUCUGCAAAAGAUAUCAUAAAUGUGAAGUCAUUGAUUGAUAAGAAAGCUUGGCCAUAUGUUCAGAACGAUCUUCGUCUUAAGGCGUCUUACCUUCGUUAUGACCUUAACACAAUCAUCUCUUCUAAAUCCAAGGACGAGAAGAAGAGCCUCAAGGAGCUUUCCACAAAGCUCUUUGAUACCAUUAACAAUUUGGAUUACGCGGCGAAGAAGAAGAGUACUCCGGAUGCUGAGAAGUACUAUUCAGAGACAGUCUCUACUUUAAACGAUGUUCUUGCCAAGCUUGGUUAA